UAUGCCACAAAAUUCAACUACUUUAUCCCUUAAAUAUCUUAGGAGAGUUCAAUCAUUAGAUGUUGGAGAAAAGAGUGGUUCCUAUUUGGAAAGUGGUUCAACGACGGACAGGCCUUUAACAAUGAGUUCUCUUAUGAACUCGACACCAAGUAAACCUUCUGUCACUACGCAAAAUACGGUGAAUAGUAAAGUUACACUUCCAACUUCAAACAGUAUUUCGAAUAGUACUGUUGAAAAUACUGUGCCAAAUAAAAACGUUAUAAUGUCUACACCAGUUAUGAAUACUCAGAAAAAUGUUGGAUUAGGUGGAAAAGAUCUGAAAACUAUUUCUAAUAUUCAAACGCCUAAGAAUCCUUUGGCGGAAAACAUUCCAGAACAAAUUAGAAGAUCUAUUGAAGAUUUCAAAGAAUUUAUUCGUAAAGAGAAGAAAGCAAAAAUGGAAAUUUCUCAGAAUUAUUCAAAAUUUUCAGGAAAGUUUGUGUCUGAUAUCGUUUCCGUAAGAACUAAGUUAACUACAAUGACCUCUAAAUUGAAUCAUAACAAAAGAAAUACUGAAAUUCUUAAACAAGAAGCUAUAGAAGAAUUUUCAAAUAUAAAACAAUUGAAAUAUACUGUUAGCUUACCAAAGGAUUAUCCAUAUUUUUGUACAAUUACAAACGCAUAUUUUGAAAACUUUUUAGACAAAUGUGAUAAAACUUUAAUUGUUUACCAAAAUCAAAUAGAUGAAAUAUGUCACCGGUUGCUUAAUAAACCACUAGAUGUAUCCUUAACGGCUAACGAUCUUAUGGAAAUUAUGUUGCGGGUUCAUCAGAGUUUUGUUUUUGUUGCAUCAGAACUGCAAAUAUCUCAUGCCAAUGUUGAAUCAAUCAAACACCAAUUUUCGGAAUAUUUCGAUGAAAACUCAAACAAGCAUAUCUAA